AUAGCCUUGUACCAUGUGACCUCUGUGAUCAUUCACAGAUUUCACAGGUAGUAAGCAAUGAUGUCCCAAGUGACAUCUUGCUUACUACUUUGCAUGUGAUCACUGAUUGUGAUCAGUGAUCACAUGAUUGGGAACUCGUACAGAGGUCCCGUCCGACGAUCGGUGUUUCACUGUGUCCGGAGGACACAGCAGGCACCGGACCGCGGUGCUGCACGCUCUCAGGGAGCACGCACAAGCAGGGUGCGGGGAGGACGUUUAUAAAUGGCGAUCCGACCCUGCAGUGCCACC